AUGACCUCAUUGAACGAUACUUUUACAUCAUCAUCAUCAUUGGCUACCAACAACUCAACAACAACAUCACCUACAACUAGUACGACAACAACCACCACCUCUACGACCACAACAACAACAGCGGCAGCAGCAGCAAAGUCUGCUGCUUCAUCAUCAAAGGCGGCUGCAGCAGCGUCAAAGAACAUCAACAACAACAACAAUGAAGCUCAUAGACGUGUGACAGAGUGUUUAGACGACACAGAUACAGAGUCAGAGACAGAAUCGUAUAGUCUUGAUUCAAAGCUUAGGUCUGCCACUGGUGAUGAUGGUAUCAGUAAUCUAGACUACUGGAGAAGGGACUACUACGAUCUAUCAUGGAGGUGUCGAUGGAUUGAGCUACAACUUCGCGAUCUACAAUAUCACAAUCAUCAAUGUGAUCAACUCUAUCAGAAGAUAAGAAAGUCAAAGCUGAAAUAUGAAAGACUCCCAAUCCUACCUCCUGAUGAUGUUGCUGCUCCUCCCCCUGCAUCUGCCUCUGCUCCUGCUCCUGCUCCUGUGCCUCCACAUGAAGACAACAUCAACUACAACAACCACAAUAAUAAUAACAGCAGCAGCAUCACAAUCAUCAAUGAUGAUGGACAUUUGGAUGGAGUAGGCAAGAUACCAAAUGAAUCAUUGAGAACAAGUGGUAUCAACAAGCCAAAGAAGAUGAGGAAGCUACUUAGGAGAGCACUGCCAUUGCUCAGGAAUAGACAGAUACGCAAGGAUGCAGAGACCCAUCCAUUAUACACACUUGACAAGCAGUACUACAAGUUCGAAGGACAUUUGAAGCACUCACUUAUCCAAUCGAAUGAUAUCAAGGAUGUCGGCGAUAUGGGCGAGCAACAGCAGCAACAAAAGAAGAGAAGACAGAGGACAAAGAAGAUCAAUGUGGAGGAUGACCCAAGAUUCCAAUACCAUGACACUGAUAGUGAUACUGAGUUGGACAUCACUACAAUGUUUGAGCCCAAGCAAAGGCAGGAGAGGACUGAGCCACCAUCCCCGAUAUCGAUGGCAGCCACGACAUCAUCAUCAUCAUCAAUAUUGGGUGGUAAUCACGCAUCAUCAUCAUCAACAAUGAUCGACCAACAUGAACAUCAACAACUACAACAACAACAACAAGCACACAAGGACGAUACAGUCAAGUCCAACAACAGAUCACAACUGACAACGAGCAGAGAUAAGAAAGAGGGCAGAAAGCAAGGCGGCGCAAGAGUUGCAAAGCAGAGCAAGCAGGCCAAGGCGAUCGAGAACAAACGAAAGAAGGAGGAGAAGAAGAGGGAGAAGGAGGAGGAGAAGAGGAAGAAGAAGGAGCUGAAGGAGCAGAAGCAACAACAAAAGCAGCAGAAGCAGCAGAAGCAAGUGGUCUCCUCAAUGACUUUGCGCAGCUCGUCUGGCGGCAGAAAGCUAAAGGUCAGCGAGGAGAUGUUGGCAAAGAUCAUGGAGGAAGAGGACGAAGACGAAGAGGAAGAGGAGGAAGAAGAAGAGGAGGACUAUGACUUGGAUGAGAGCUACUCGGAUGACGACGAGAUAUCAACAUCCUCCUCAUCGUCAUCAGAGCCUGAGCUCUACAGGAGGUCGAGAAGGAGCUCGAGCAACAGGAGUGACGCCAUGGACGUCAUCAUCCCAGCCAGCGCCAACUUCACCAUCCCAGUUGUACAGUACAAGGAGAUCUACACGCCCGAGUGGAGAGAUGUGAGCAGCGCCACUGUGAGCCCCUCGCCAUUGCUCCUCUCGUUCAACUCUGUCUCCUCAUCCCUGGCCCCAGAACACAACAACAGUGCUCUGCUGCCUCCACCUCAAGCAUCAUCGAACAAUCAUGAGCCAUCACGUUCGACAAAGAGGCCAUCAAACGAUGUGAUGCCUGAGCUCAAGUUCACACAGAUCGACGAGUCGGUCAAUCACGAUGGUACCCUGGGUGACGACGAAGCAGCCUACGACGACGGAGAGGCCAGCAGCGACGACACUGCCGAUGAGAGCAAUUGCCAAGCGACAUGCCGAGUGCGAGAUCAGCGAGAAGCAUAG